UCAUCUUCUUUCAUCCCUAGAAAUCUGCUGGCCGGACCCUUUUCUUUACUUCUUUUCAGGCCGCCAUAAAGAAGCAGCACCGAGAGAGAGAGUCCGUGUUGGUAUACAUAAAAUUCUCCGUCGGCUAAACACAACAACGACUCGUUCAACUUUUGCAUUCAUCAUCUAGACUACGCAGCUGCUGCUGCUGGCCAUAAGGACCGCGAGAGAUGGACGCGAUGACGAAACACAUUAGCCACACUGGUGGCCAGUCAACGUCGGACAAAAGAAGGAUUCAAAAUCAUGGCGACACUUGACGACAAGUUGAUGGGCGAGAAACUGCAUUACUAUUGCAGUAGCAGCAGUGAAAGUGAAGGUGAAGACGAGGACGGAGAGAAGUUACCACCGGCAGCAGGUGAUGCCGAGCCAGCUGCCCCCAAUGGCAGCUGUCAGUGGGAUGGAACUUCUUGCAACGUAAAUUACCAUUUUUAUCUAAAUUAUAUACAACAAUUGUUUAGCAUUUUUCAAUUUCAGACUGGGCCAAAAGGAGUGAUCAAAGAUUACCAGCGUUUCAAGCAACUUGAACGUGAAAGGAGGGAAGAGCAGAAGGAGGAACUGUCAAAGUUGGCCAAGAAAUUUUCCAUUACAUGCAGAACUAAUGCUGAAGAUGAUAAGGCCAAAUCGGAAGAAGAAAAACUUGAAGAAGAGCUGGCCAAGCUGAUGGAUGAAUCGUGCAUCCAGGAUUUUGUCCAGCAGAGAAUGCAGGAAAUGCUGCUCAGAGAAACCAAUCGACUGAGAUUUGGAUCAGUUCACGUCCUAAAGGACUGUGAUCAUUUCCUUGCAGCUGUUGAUGGGGAGGAUAAAUCUGUCUGUGUAAUCAUCCUUCUUCACGAGCCCAACAGCCCCGGUUGUUUGAGUGCCAUCAAGGCUGUCGAGUCUCUUUCCAAGGCCUACACCCACGUCAAGUUCUGUACCGUUCGACCGUCUCUCAUUUCCAUGUCGGUCAACUUUAAAGUCAGCGGAGUGCCAGCCCUGUUAGCCUACAAGUCCGGCCAACUCUUUGGUAAUUUCGUCCGAAUGACAGACGAACUCGGCGAGGAAUUUGCCACCUGCGAUCUCGAAAGUUAUCUCAUCGAGCACGGCAUUCUCAACGACCGCAAUCUAGUCCCCAAUGUAGUCCAAACAGAGUCCAGUGAUGAAGACUGAAAAGGUGUUUUAUUUCAUUCAUUCAUCUCUUAACAUCAACCCAAAACUAACCAUCAUUUCUCAGUGUCUAUUAUCUCUCGUAUUUGAAUGAAACACCCGCGAUCAAACCAUUAAAAAAAGCUUCCUCCCCGGGUAAAGAAAAGUGUUUUGUUUGCUUUUUAUUAUUUUAAUCAUUUUAUACCAGUUGCCGACUCCAAAAGAUCACCGAGUUGUUUGUUGACGAGCCUGGAAGCAGAAAGCGAAAAAAGUGGAGGAGAAAGUUGUAUAACAGUGAAAGACAAAUAGCCACUACAACCCCAUGGCGCA